AUGGGGAUGAGCACCGUGUCCCCAUCUCCUGCCUCACCCACUGAAGGAGAUGAUCUGUGUGAGACAGAUGUCACCAGCGUGGCCAUACACAGUGUGACACUGCUCAUCUGCCUCUGUGGGCUGGCUGGGAACGGGGCUGUGCUCUGGGUCCUCGGGUUCCGCAUCCAGUGGGACAGCAUGAAACCCAUUGCUGCCUACAUCCUUGACCUGGCCAUCCUAAACUUCCUCUUCCUCAUCUUCAUGGUCCCCUCCACUUUGCUCUUCCUCCUGGAACAUUUCUUCUGCUCUGUCAUCAUGCCCCCAGCAUACAUAAGUUUCCUUUUUCUCCUCUUCCGGAUGUUCCACAGCGUAGGGCUGUACCGGCUGACGGCCAUCAGCAUCGAGAGGGGCAGGUCCAUACUCUGCCCACCUGGGCUCUUCUGCCACCUUACCCAGGACCUCUCAUGGGUGGUCGUGAGCGUCAUGCUCUGGGCCCUUUCCAUCACUUCCAUCGCUGCCAUUUCUGCAGUGAAUUCUGUGUGCCAGUCACAGGAACACAAGCUCUGCUGCCGCGGGGCUCUCAUCUCCCUGUACAUCCUCAACUUCCUCGUCUUUGCUCCAUCCAUGGUCAUUUCCAGCACAAUCCUCUUCAUUCACUUCAAGGGUAGCUCCCAGCAGCAGCAAUCCAAGAGCCUUGACAUCAUUGUCUUCCUGGCUGUGCUCCUCACUCUCCCCCUCAGUCUCUGGAAUUUCCUGCAGCAGCUCGGCUACACCAUGGUGUCCCCCCAGGUUGUUCUCCUGUUUGCCUGCAUGCACAGCAGCCUCAACCCCUUCAUCUACAUCUCAGUAACAAAGUGCUGGAGGCGCUGCUCCAUGGGGUCCCUCAGGGAGUGCCUCCAGAAGGUGUUUGAGGAGCCAGAAGGGAGCACUGCCCCCAGUAAUGAUGCCACCAUGGACACAGUGAUCUGAGCCUGUUGAACCCUUAAAGUGCCUCCAUGCAGGACCAGUGACUUAGGAUCACCUUCCCACCCUUAUUCCUGCAGGAAAAGGGAGCAGAGGCAGAGAAAAGGGCCAUGUGGGAGGGAUGCUCUGCAGAGAGCACAUUGGAGCAUGGAUUUGCUUCUCCCUCACACGUCCUAGAGCACUGUUCCCCAAAUGGAUCCUUCCCAACAUGGCUGUGACCCCAGAAUUCCCCCUGGCACCUGGUUCCUGCAUCCCACUGAGGUCUGAUAUCAAUAAACAGCACCAUGAACCCUGAGCUGCCUUUGCCCCCUCUGCCAGCGCUUCCCGGCUUCCUCUGGCUGCUGCUGCCAGCCGGGAAUGUGGCUGGAGGGAGGGGACAGAGAGGUAGUUAGCCAGGAAUUCUGUGACUGUUUAGAAAUUUCAUAAUGAACUAUUGGUAAUUUGUUUGACUGUGGUUUUUUAGCUGCUUUUGAUUUUGAUCUGUGUUGGCUGAGUGUCAGUAGAAAACUAUAUUGACCCAUACUCUGUUGACCCUUACCUCUUAGAGAACUUAAUAUCUGGAGAAUAAAAUUCAAUAAAGUAUUUUAAUGGUUACGGUAUAGAAAUUAAUGGUUAUCAUAUAAGUAGAAAUGAAUUGGAUUUCAUAGAAUAAGAAUGAUAACUUUAGAGCAUUAGGAAUUCACAGGUCUAAACACAACAGAAGACUUGAUUAAUAAAUUGCAAGAGAUAAAUUGCAAUAAGAAAGCCAUUUCCUAGGCUUAUACACCUGUCUAACCAAGACAUCAAAUUUAAUAAAACAUUGUUUAGCUGGGAAAAACCUGGGUUAUGCAUUAAACUAAGACAACAUAUUCUGGUAGUAAUUAAAAGAAACAAAACAUCUAUACCUUGGUGUAAGAAUCUGGGAGCACUUUUGGGUGUAUCUAUUAAAAAUCUUGGAUAUUGUAGUGUGGAAUUGACCAGAUAAUAUUGGCUUUUGCAUUUAUGCAUUAGCCUAGCAUGUUAAUAUUGAUUAUAAUUAUUUAGAAAUCAUAUCAGUUAUGACUAUUUUUAGCUGCAUGCUAGUAUAAUAUAAUCUAUCCACUUAUGCAUGCACUGUAUUGCUCACAGAAAUAGUAGUGUAAUGAAUAUAAUAUCUAUGUAUCCUGUAAGGAAAUCAUAGUGUGAUGAAUGUAUUGUGUUACAGACCUCAGCA